GGCGCGAUGCAUGCUGGGAGCCGCCAUGGCCUGGUAACUGCCGUUUAUCUUCUGCAGACUCCUGACACAGCGGCUGGAGCGGCACCGGAGCUUUCUUUGGUGAUGGUUUAAAGGUGAAACGAGAUAGUGAGAGAUGCAGUUUGGGCCAUGAAUGGACUAUUCUGCAAACAGCGACGCUGUAACGGAUUUUAGAGCGAGUGUCACGCCCACUGUGGUCAGUAACAUUAAAACGGUACCGUACGGUAAGCUAGCUCAGCUAAUUAAGGCAACCAGGCAAAAGCAGCCCUUAGCUCGGCAGUAAUGUAGUGGAAGUGGAGCUACCGCCCCUGGUUGCACACUGUCAGGCUGUCGUGUUUAUUCCUCUCAGCGCCGGGUUCUGCUCCGCUGUCAGAUAAGACUGCGACAGGGCAGUUAUGUUAUUGUAGGUGGCUAGCAAGCUGACUGGGGCGUUUCUGACUCUGUCACUGAAUUUUUAAUGUUUGCCUCUUUCGGCAUCACUGUCGGAGGAGAGAGUGAUGGGCUCCGGGGCUGUGGACUCGUCCCAAUGGCUUUCGGUAAAGGAGGAGACGAUAUUUCUCCAUGACGGACUCAUACGGGUGACGGAUCUGGCCGAGCUGCCCAGCGAGAUCGGGGUGUCGGAACAGGGAGAUACUGAGCAGGAGAUUCUUACUUUUGAGACAAAAAACCCUGUUGAGCUUGCAGAGCGUCUUCGGGCCGUCUGUGGGAAUCAGAGCAACGCAUACGCUCGUCUACUGGAGUACCGUCUCAAUGCACUGCGUGGCCUGUGGGCGGCGCAGCGGCAGCUGGCCUUGGAGGAGCAGCAGGAUCGUGAGGGAACUGGAGGGGCUGAUGAGGAGACCCUGGCCUUGCUCAAAAGGCAAGGUCUCCUCCAGCAACCUGAGCAAGCUCCUUUUACUUCCCGUGUUGCCCUACUGCUGGUCUUCCCCCUUCUGCAAUCCCAGACUCGCAGUGAUCCAGCGCUCUGUGGGGUAACAGCAGAAGUACUUCUAGCCUGCCUCCGGGACUGCCAGCCUCUCAGCCUGAGCAAAGAACCUGCAGACUGUCUCAAUGGCCUGGAAGGCUUGCUUUGCUCCUGGCUAGAAGAUGAUCCCCAGGAGUCAGGCCAGGCUCAGCCCCAGGCUUGCUCACAGAUUCUUCACUCACACAGACAGCGGGAAAAUGCUGCUGCUGCACUUGUGGCACUUGCAUGCGCCAGGGGCUCUUUGAAGACUUUCAUUCACACAGUUCAUCUGCUGCAAAAACAAACUGAUUUGGGCCAUCUUCCUGUGUCAGAUGUGCUUUACAGACUUCUGCUCCUUGAAGGAGGCCCUGGCUCCCCAUCCUGCCUCUUAGGGGGCAAACACAGUGUGUCUUGGGGUUUUGAGGAUAUGCUACCCACUCCUGAUAAUUCCACUGGAGGAGCAGAAAAUAAAGACACAGAUCUUGGGCGCUGUCUAGCCACAGAUGGUCUAUAUCUGUACACCACCAAUUCUUCUGGGAGAGGACUAAGCAAGCUUGGCUCUGGUUUACAUGGAACACUUAGGGGUUUUGUGUAUUGUCGAAAUGAAGAGUUGGAGCCAGGCUGGGUCGUGUUCAGCAGUGGCCGUCUUCUCCAUCGUCCCUCUUCCUUUGAUGCCAAGCCUCAUCAGCUGUGCCAGGUUGUUGACCCCUUCACUCUCCAGGUGUGCCAGAUUGUGCCCAUGCCAGCCCAUCACUUCCCAGUGGGCAGUAGCAUGACCACGCUGCAUCUCUGCUCAGAUGGAACCUAUCUCUACUGGGUCUGGUCCCCAGCAAGUCUCAAUGAAAAAACUCAGAAAGGCCACUCUGUCUUCAUGGAUGUCUUUCACCUGUCGACACAGACAGGGUUGUGUGUUGCAGACAUCUUGCAAGAAAGAGUUAUUCUAACUCGCAAAGAGGGCGAGUCUUCCAAGUGCUUGAAUGAACUUCUCUUGAGUCGAAUGUCACGUUUCCGGGCCUCCCAUUCUGCCACACUGGCUGCUCUCACAGGCUCCGCAGUCACCAACACCGUCAAAGAGGAACAGUCAGCUGUAAACACUAGUUGCGGCCUCCCCCUGAAGACGCUGAGAAAGACCCCCAUGUACGUGUGUGGCACCUAUCUAGUAAUGCUUGUUUCCCCCCCUGGUGUGUCUGGUAGCUCUGCCACUCGUUCCCUGUUUGGAGGCACCAGCAGCCUGUCUUCUCUUAAAAUUUUAGCUUCCAGCCUGGUUUUUAACUUGGCUGAUGGCCAAUUCAGCAGCCGCGCCGACCUCAUUGAUGCUCCUGGCAGUUCUCUUGGCAGGGGCGCCCAGGUAGCAGGGCUAGGAGCAUGUUAUGAUGCAUUGAACAACUUGAUAUGGACCUGCUCCAGUGACUACAUAGAUCAGUGGUGCAAUCCUGGGAACCAAGCCUUUCAUCAUGUGUGCCAUAGACUCGGUGUUAGCCAUGUCAUCAAGGAACCCAAAGAGGAAACAGUUGCCACUGGGGAGGUAAUCAACCAGCUACUUCAUCAUGUAGGUGCUAUGUGUAUCCACCAGCUCAACCUACUGGCCGCCAGCAGCAACAGCCUGCCCCUGGAAGCACUGCUGGGUAAACAGCAUCCCAUUGAAGCCCGUCACUUUAGCAGCAUCUGCGACAUCAUGGAAAAGGCCAUGGUCAAUGGAGAUACUUGCAUUAUCCGCUGCAUUUUGGUAGUUUUCCAGGUGGUUUUCAGGUUCUUUAAUCCUCAGUCAGAGCAGGAUAGAGAGAGUGUGAGGCGAUCAGGCCUGCUCCUGUGGCAGUUGCUCAUGGCUCCAGUUGAUCAGAUAGGAACAGAGAUACAGAAAGAGGUGUGCCUGGCCAUCAGCUCAGGCCUAAACACUCUGUAUCAAGGAGAGACAGAACUGAACAAACUUCUAAAACUGGUUCUAACUGAAGGUGAAAGAAACGGUGGCCUGUCUCAACUUCGCGAUGUAAUUCUUACCAACUUGGCUGAACAACUACAGAAGAAUAGAUUUGGGAGUGAAGAUGAUGACCACUACAGACUAAAUGAUGAGCUUCUGCAUUGUGUCCUGAAGACCGUAGUCCGGGAAUCCUGCCUCCUUAUUACUAAAUGUCAGACUGUCGCCAGAGAUGAUUUCCUGAAGCUGCUCUCCACUGUGCCAGUGGUCUCACCUUGUCUGCGCUACCUCAUGGCUGUUCAAAACCACCUCCUCAGUAACACCAUUCUUAUCCGCCCAGAUGAAAGCGACGAUAGCGAUAGCUCCCUGCAAGGGGAAACAAUGAAGGUACAGGAGCUCCAGAGCAGCAUCUUGUCUCUUUCAACUAAAAUCCUGGUGGGUUGUGAUGAAGUAUUGGAGACCCUGCAGCAGGUGACCACAGCUCUGAUUAACAGUGACAUAUCUGACAGAGAGACCAGGUUGAAGGGCUUGGAGCAAGUAACCAAGGCAACAAUGCUUGGGCACCUUUUACCUGUGCUACUCACCUCCCUGAUGCAUCCCACCUUGCAGACUCUCACCCUGGCUGAUGCUCUCAUGCCUCAGUUGGUGCAGUUAGUACUUUAUACCAGCCAGACUGCCUUGCUGCUUAAGACUCAGUCUCUCCUUUUCAUUGAGGAUCCUCUACCUGUAGGCGGCUCUCUUGCUCAGGGAGCAAAGGCAUGUGCUGCCGAUGACAAAAUCCUUGAUGAACGAGAAGAGGCAGGUUUCUUGACUGGGCUUAAGAUCCCUGCUCCGUGGGCUGCUGGGAAAACGGUAGAGACAAUGCAUCCUGUGAGGGAUAAUUACAAGUUUAAAGAGACCGUUCACAUCCCUGGAGCCCGCUGCCUGUACCUGCGCUUCGAUGCUCGCUGUUCCUCGCAGUAUGACUAUGACAAGCUGGUUAUCUAUGCUGGUCCUAACACCAACAGCCGUAAAGUCACAGAGUACGGAGGAAACACUCUGGGGUAUGGGAGUCGCAGUGUCUUAGGAACAGGAUGGCCCAAGGAUCUUGUAAAGGUUGAAGGAGAUACUGUUACAUUUUCCUUUGAAAUGAGAAGUGGACGUGAACAUAACACUCCUGAUAAAGCCAUGUGGGGGUUCGCCUGUACAGUCAGAGCUCAGGAGUCAUCUGAGGAUGUCUCUGGGGGCCUUCCAUUUCUCGCAGACCUUGCAUUGGGUCUGUCAGUGCUAGCUUGCUCAAUGCUCCGCAUUCUUUACAACGGCCCAGAGGUGACAAGGGAAGAGGAAGCUUGUCAGGAUUUGUUAUGCUCAAAGCUUUUACAAAGAUGCCAAUGGCAGGUGGAAACAAAUGGUGCCAUUUCGCCUGCUCUCACGCCAAGUCCCUCACCACUGCCACUCACUAUAGAGGAGGACCGGGAGUUUACCUACCCCUCUGAUGUGCUCAUUCCUCCUCCAGGCCUCAUGCCUGGGUCCUACUUUGAUUUGCCUCGUAUCCGCCUUCCUCCGGGGAUCAUGAGCAGGCUGAGGGAGGUCUCUGGAAGGGCUCGACCCCAGUUCCGCCCCAGCAUUAAGGAGGUGAUCCGGCCAGAUGUCCUAGAAGAGGUCAUUGUAUCCUGCGUCAUUAAACAUCUGAGUCUAGUGGAUGGUCUCCAGUCACUUGUGAACUAUCAAUAUCGUGAAGAUCACACUGAGGAGUAUGACCUGGUCUGUAAGAUUAUGGCUGAGACCUUUAAGAAGAUCAAUGCAAUGGAGCGUCAGCUGCAGAGUGUUGCAGAAUUGGAACAGAAGUGGCAGAAUGAGGUAGAGGAGGCUCAGCAAGGAAAACUGGAGAAUAACACUCCUUUCUUUCAUGACUAUCACUUCUUUGAGAACAAAAUGAAGGAACUGGAAUUACUCUGCUCACUGAAGGAGGUACCAUUCGACUUCAGUGAUCUAGAGAAUGUUGUUCUGGCAUUGAGAGAGAAGUUCUUCCAGGAGGUAAACAACACGCUCAUCAGGGGCAUGGUCCCACUGGCUAAAACCAAAAUGCUUGUAAAAAGUCUGAUGAACCGCUCCGAGCUACUUCUCCAUGUCACCAUCGCUCCACACUGCAGAAGCCUAACCACCACACCAGCUGGGACACCAGGUCCAGCGUCCAAGUCUGUAUCAGAUGCCAAGACGGUGAUUCCUUUGGUUAAGCAGCCGGUCUUUUUACGCAGCAUGUCUGCUCCCUCUGACCUGGAAAUGAUUGCAAACCAAGACUUGGAGUUUAAUCAUGCUCAACAAAGAAGGCGCCACCAUCCGACUAGUCAUCGGAGCAGCUCGUUUACUUUGCUGCAGUCUCUGGCUAUUGAAGAUGGCAGAGACAAGCCGACUUACAGUGUACUGCUGGGACAACUGUUUGCUUUCAUCGGAACCACACCUGAUCAGGCUGUGUCGAGCAGCAGUUUCCUGUCUGCUGCACAGACGCGCUGGAGACGAGGCAGCACACGAAAGCAGGCGCUUGUUCAUAUGAGAGAGCUCCUAACUGCUGCAGUCAGAGUGGGCGGGGUAACUCAUCUGGUAGGACCUGUUACCAUGGUGCUGCAAGGAGGCCCAAGGAUUGAGGAGCUGACCUGUGGUGGGAUGGUUGAGCAGGUGCAGGAAGCUUUUGGAGAGACCAUGACCUCUGUAGUGUCAUUAUGUGCUCGCUACCCUAUUGCUUGUGCCAACAGUAUUGGCUUGCUUUGCACAAUUCCCUAUACCAGGAGUGAGGAGCAGUGCCUUGUUCGGAGCGGCCUCGUCCAGCUCAUGGAUAAACUUUGCAGUUUAAGUGGUCAAAGAGAAUGCAGCUCAAAUGAGAAGCAGACCAAAAAGCAGAAAGUGGCCACCAUGGCCUGGGCUGCUUUUCAGGUGCUGGCCAACCGGUGCAUCGAGUGGGAGAAAGUGGAAGGUGGUUCAACAGAUGCAGUUCAUUCUGGUCUGGCAAGGCAGGUUUCCAGCCUGCUGACCAAUCAUCUGGCCAGAGCAACAGAGUGCUGUGGGAAUCAGGCAGCUGGCAAUGAUGCCUUACAGGAUGUUCUCAGUCUGCUCAAUGAUCUCUCCAGGAGCCACAUAGGGAAAGCUAUUCUUAGCCAGCCUGCCUGUGUUUCUAAGCUCCUAUCCUUGCUGCUUGAUCAGAGACCCUCUCCAAAGCUAGUACUCAUCAUCUUGCAGCUGUGCCGAGCCGCACUGCCUCUCAUGAGUGUUGAGGACUGUGGUAAUGUAGCCCUGCCGUCAUGGAGUUACUCGAUCAAUACCCUGGAUGCUGAGCAGCAGGAUGCCAGUGACCCAGCUUCACGUAUUGCUGCCUUGCUACUGGCUAAGCUGGCAGAUUAUGUAGUACCAGGUUGUCAGACACUCCUCUCCCCCAGCUCCUCUGAACCAGAUACCAGUCUUUCCCGGGCAAGCUCUAAAGGAGCUCUCAAGACGGAUGAUAUCGGGGAGGAGGCAGAAGCAGUAGAUGGAAAGCUGUCGAUUUUCAUCCACAAAAGAGAAGAUCAGUCGUCCCAUGAGGUUUUACAGCCACUUCUUAGCAGCUCUGAGGGUCGACCAUUUCGGCUUGGCACUGGGGCAAAUAUGGAAAAGGUGGUGAAGAUGGACAGAGACAUGACAAAGAGUGGAAGCUGUGAAGUCAUCACUGAAGAGGCAUCUGCUGCCCUGAGGAAGGCUAACAAGUGGGCUCAGUCUGGCCUGAUAGUGAGUGUUGGUCCACCUGUGGAGGCUACGGCUCAGGAGGCUGCAGGGGGCAUUACGACCGGUGACAAGAAGAAAACUGCACAGACUGCUGUUUGUAGGGACAGGAAUGCUGAAUUGGCCAGGUCAGAUCCUGUCCGGCCAUUCAUCAGCGGUCACGUUGCCAACAGCAUGGCUGCUGAGGUUAUUGCUCUGCUGCAUAGUCUGCUGACCGCUCCAGAAUCCAACACUGCUCAGAUCUGGACUAGUACUGUUGAAAAAGUUCUUUCCCGAGCGCUGAUGUUUAUUCCACAGCUGGGGAAGUAUGCUGAGAGCAUUUUGGAAAAUGGUAGCAGCAGUGGCAGAAGACUAGCGAAACUGCAGGCCAUUGGAAGACAAGCUGUUGCUGCACUGUGUGCACUUGGGGGCUUCAAGGAGACAAUUAAGAUUGGUUCUGAAGUCCAGGUGGUAGGUAAAGGAGUUAUGGGAAGUGUGGGCAUAGUUAUGUCCAUAAAUGAGCAGGAGGGCAUUGCUACUGUCAAAUUUCCUUCCUGUGAGUACAGGAGAGCCUGCAAAGCCUCAGACAUCCUUACAGUACCGAUAUCACGUCUCUGCACUCCCAGAUCUGAGGCACUCCCCAUCUAUAAGCUCUCCAUUACAGAAAAGGUGGUUCAAGCAGUGCAGUCUAUGCUUCUGCCACAGGAGGGCAGUCUCUCCAUACAUACAUCGCUACCAGCUACAGGAGAUGGCUCCAGUCCAGUAAUGGCUGCAGUACGUUUGCUGGCUGAAAUCAGGACUAGGGCAUGUCUAGUGAUGGCACAGCUCUUAGAGGAUAGCUCCUUCUGUGAGGAGUUCAUUCAGCAGUGUCCAGCUGCUGUGGAGGUUCUGAACCUGGUUGCCCAGGAGUGCAGCCCUGGUGAGCGGCUUGGAAUGGUUGAGGCUCAGUGUAAGAGAGUAAGAAUGCUUUACAGGGACUGUGCUCGGCCACCGCCUCCACCGCUGCAGACAGACAGGCGGCAGCCCAAAGAGAUCACUUGGUGUCCAUCCAGAGUGUUUCCUCCAGUCCGUGCAUGUUUGUUCUCAUCCCAUCUGACCUCCGUCACUUUCCUGGCUGAUCCAAGUGCAGGAGGAGGGCUGCCCCGAGGAACUUUCAUCUAUGCCACCUCUCCUGUACCAGUUCAGGCACCAUCCUUUUACUGGGAGAUAGAAGUUGUUUCCUAUGGAGACUCUGAAGAGGACAGCGGGCCAAUUGUGUCCUUUGGUUUUGCCACCGAGGCAGAGAAGCGAGACGGUGCAUGGACGAACCCUGUGGGCACAUGCCUGUUUCACAAUAACGGUAGGGCAGUGCAUUACAAUGGUUCCAGCUUGCUGCAGUGGAAAAGUGUUCGUCUUGAUGUGGUCCUACUUCCUGGCGACGUGGCAGGAAUUGGCUGGGAGCGCUCUGAGGGCACACCACCUCCCCCUGGCCAGGCUCCUAAAGGAAGAGUCUACUUCACUUACUGUGGUCAGAGGCUCAGUCCAAGCCUUGAAGACGUAGCAGGUGGAAUGUGGCCUCUCGUCCACAUUCAGAAAAAGAAUGCAAAGAUCCGUGCCAACUUUGGAAGCCGGCCUUUCGCAUUUGCAGAGGGCCAAGCACACAGGAAUGCAGCCGACUUGUGUGUUGACCUGGCCGAGGAAAUAAGUGCAAAUUUUGAAGCACUCCCUUUUGCCAUGGCCUCAGACAGUGAUAAUGAUGCAGGUGCAAGUGUCACCUCAGACUCUGGCUCUCAUGGUCCACCUUGUCGGAUUGCAGCUGUUGCCGUUCCUCAGCAGCAGUACAACAGUGACCUGUCAUGCCAUUAUAAGGUGGAGCUAAGCUAUGAAAACCUGGUUACCUCAGGGCCCGACCCACAUCCCCCACCUAUUGCUGAUGACGAGAGUGAUGAUGAUGAUGACGACGAUGUUCCUAGAGAGGAUCACUACGCCCUUCUAGUGAAGGCCUGGGAGACAAAGGUAUUCCCUACCAUCCGUAGGCGGUUCCGUAACGAAGCUGAGAGAAAAUCUGGCUUGGAUCAAAUCAAGGGAGCCCUGCAGCUGGGCAUGGUUGACAUUGCGAGACAGACGGUGGAGUUCCUAUAUGAAGAGAAUGGUGGUAUUCCUCGGGAUCUCUACCUUCCUACUAUUGAGGACAUCAAAGAUGAGGCCAAUAAAUUCACUAUAGACAAAGUCCGCAAAGGGCUGACUGUGGUCAUCCGCUGUCCGGACAGCAAUAACACCAACAGCACAACUGGAGGAACAGCGCUGCCUAAGUUUGCUAUCCGUGGAAUGUUGAAGACGUUUGGUUUGCAUGGGGUUGUGCUGGAUGUGGACUCUGUGAAUGAGCUGGUUCAGGUGGAAACCUAUCUCCGCAGUGAAGGCGUGCUCGUCAGAUACUGGUACCCCAUUGAGAUGCUGGAACGCCCACCAGCAGGUUCACGACGCACUGCUGCUAACGGCUUGGUGUCAUUGGACAGUAGUAAUAUUCAGAUUCAUAGGGAGCUCCUUCGAUGUGAAAGCGCGCUGGCUCGGUUAUACUGUCGCAUGGCCCUGCUCAACAUCUUUGCCCCCAAGAAUCCCCACACUUUCACUCGUCUCUUCCACAUCCCCGCUAUCCGUGACAUCACUUUAGAGCACCUGCAGCUUCUUUCCAAUCAGCUGCUGGCUCCACCUCUUCCUGAUGGCACCAUUAGCUCCGGUUCUAUUCUUUUGGCUCAGUCAGUGCUUCAUAACCUCGAGGGUCAAAGUUGCUCUCCCACAGACCUGUUUUAUCAGGGCAAUGCUCAUCCCAUCCGGGAGUGGUUAACCGUGGCCAUCACCCGUGCCUUGCAUCAAGGAGAGGAAAGUUUACUUGAGCUCACGAAACAGAUCUGCUGUUUCCUACAGAACGCUCCUGAGCAGUUUACAUCAGAGGAGUUUCCUGUCACAGAGUCAAAAGUCAGCAUGGAUGUCAGUUUUCCUGGAGCUGCGUUUGUGAUCGUCUCCUGCAAAGAAAGUCAACUCGGUUGCCGCAAAGAUUCUAGCUUGUACAAGGCUCCCUGGGCUCGCGUCAUGGUCUAUGGCUUGGGUCACAAAGUGCGAAGAAAUGGUCAGCUGAAUCUGAUGGAGGCGGUAUGUUAUCCUCUAGAUGCUUCUCCUACCAACACAGGCCUUACGCCCCCUCCCACCACCAACCAGUACCCGUCUGUCAUCAUCCCUACUGAUAAAGUCCACAUUAAACUGGGAGUGUCGCCCCCUCCUGGUGCUGUGUUGGUGCUCCACUCAUUACCGCUAGAGUUUCCUCUGGCAAUGGCCUUUGCAGAGCAGCUGUUGACAUGGAAGCUAGGAGAAAGCAGUGAGCGAACCGAGGAUGAGUUGGACACUGUUCCCUCCUCAGUGCUGCUGCAGGUGGUAGAAUUACUCGGCGGAUUACUUUGGACUACAGAUCUGGCUCCCUCCAUCAAAGAGCUUAUCUUUCACCUGUUAGCUGAACUUUUACGCAAGAUCCACCACUUAGAGCAGCGCAAGAGCCCCGCUGGCCUUUCAAGCUCCAUUGCUCUGCUGCUGAACCCCUGCCUGGCUGUCCUAAUGGCUUUGCAGACAGAGCUCCGAAAGCUUUAUGACAAGGAAACUCAGGGAUGGACUGCAGGAGGUGCUGCAGGAGGAGGGUCGUCCUCUGGGGGCAUUGCAUUGGCUCUAGGUGCGGAACAGAGCCGGUUCUCUACCUACUUCCAUGCCCUGAUGGAAGUGUGUCUGGCUGUUGCAGAAGUGACUCUUCCCCUCAAUGUUGGCAGCUCUUCAGUGGGAGCCCUUUCCUCUACCAGCGCACCGAACCGCAGUGACUCGUCUUCAUCCUCUUCAUCGUCCCCAGGCCAGACACCUCAAAGCCCCAGUCUGCUAUCGAAGCGUAAGAAGGUGAAGAUGAAGCGCGAAAGGGCAGCAGCUGCAGUGGCUGCAGCAGUCUCUGGGAAGAGAACAAGUGGAGGUACCAGGCUAUCGGAAAGUGACAGCGCCCUUCUGAGCAUGGCGGGUAGUAAACCAGAAGACAUGCUCUGGUUCCACCGCUGCCUCACUCUUCUGAUGAUCCUAAGACAUCUUGCCAAUAAAGACCCACAGGGCUUAAGUGUGACCAGUGAUGCAGUAACAGAUGCUUGCCAAGCUCUGGUGGGUCCAACCUCUCAUAGCCGCCUGCUGGUACUCUCAGGUAUCCCUACGCACCUCGAGGAGGCAGUUGUUCGAAAUGCCAUCCGCAGGGCCUGUAAUGCACAUGGAGGACUGUUCAAAGAUGAGGUCUUCAUCCCUCUACAGGAGGAGGACCCCAAGAAGAAAUCAGGAGCUAGAGUUUCAAGCCCGCUUGAUGGCAAAGUUGCUGCAGAACCUGAUCGUCCUUUUCCUACCAGUGGAGGACCUGAGAGUCCUGACAGCUCCAGCAGUGUCACUCCAGCUUUAAGUGUGAGUGCGUCAGCUUCCACCAGCCAGACCUCCAUUUGCAGCUCCUCUCAGGGAGUCUCUCGCACCGUCAGCGAACUUUCUGUUGAUCAGGACCUGUUAGCUGUUCCCUCGCUCACCCCUGCAGCUGCCGCCACUGCUGUAACAUACCCCCAGCAAGGUCCUCAGGACUCUCAGACGGUUUCUAGCCAGGAGAGUCUGGACACCUCUCUGUGCAGCACAGGAAGCCUGGGGAGUCUCGGCAGCUUUGGGGAGCCGCUCGACAAUACAGAGUCAGCAUCCGUGUCAGAUGGAGCCUCUAUGCAGACAGUCACUUCUUUUGAGAGCACUGCAGCCAGGCUCAUCAAGGGUUAUGCUGUCAUUGAGGUCCGCUCACGAGCCAAGGUGGAAAAGAUCCGAGCCAGUCUCUUUAACAGCAGCGACCUGAUUGGUCUGUCGAGCCUGGAAGGUGAAGAGGAACUGAUGGAGUUGACCAACGUGGAGAUCCUGACCGUUUCCAGUGUUAACCAAAGCCUCUUUGACACACAGGGAAGCUCUGCUUUAGAAGACUACUUUCUGGAGAAGUCAAUCAAAGGCGACAAACUUGUUACUGGGGCCAAAGAUGUCCUCACUGAUAUUUUUAAAAGCUGUGUGCACUCGGAGCAGAUGUUGAGCCUCACACCAGCUAAGCCUGUUAAAGUGUCUGAUAUUUACCUCAGCAAGGAGCAGAUCAACUCUCAGACCCCAGGGAACCUGCUGCACACUUUCUUUACCAAUGUUCGACCUCCUAAGAAAGUUCUCGAAGAUCAACUCACUCAGAUUUUGAGAAAGUAUGGGACACCCAAGCCAAACAAGAACAAGUACAAUAAGGCAGGAAAAGAACAACAUCAGGGUAAAGUUGUGAGCACGAAAAGACCCAUCACAAAACCCCUCACCAAGGAGAAAUCGGUCCUCAACAGUGUUAGGACUGCAUUGAGUGAAAAGAAAACUGUGCUAAAGCCAAAAUCUCCUGAGAAAUCCAGACCUGAUGAGAAAGACGUAGAAAAAUCACCGGCUAAAAAAACUGAAGCCACAGAAGAGAAGUACCUGACUCUGGAAGGCUUCCAUAAAUUUGCUGUCGAUCGGGCGAAGCAGGACAUCCGCAGCGUGUGGAGAGCUCUUUUGGCUUGUGGUUAUGACCUUCAUUUUGAAAGGUGCACGUGUAUAGACACCCGGCAUGCCCAGAAGGCCUGUAGAAAGUGGAGCUUAGACAUGGAUGUGGCGUUGGUGCAGUACAUCAACAGACUGUGUCGUCACCUGGCCAUCACACCAGCCAGGCUGCACCCCCAUGAGGUCUACUUAGAUCCCAGUGAUGCUGCAGAUCCUCGUGUCGCCUGCUUGCUCAAUGUACCCGUGGAGAGCCUGCGCCUGCGCUUUGCUUUACUGCAGUCUCUUAAUAACACCCUGGAGAGUUUCUUUCUGCCACUUGUGGAGCUGAGACAGACGCAUACAUAUCAGAACAGUAUCGCUGCGCUUUUGGGCGAGGCAAAGGGUUUCGUCUUCUACGACACCAAGUUGACUGUAAUGAACCGAGUAUUGAAUGCUACAGUGCAGCGUACAGCUGACCAUGCCGCUCCAGAGAUUACACUGGACCCUCUGGAAAUUGUUGGAGGUGAAAUCAGAUCAUCAGAAAACACCUACUUAUGCCAGGCAGCACGCCAGCUGUCCUGUGUACCAUCAUCUCAGCUCUGUGUAAAACUGGCCAGCGGAGGAGACCCGACAUAUGCCUUCAACAUUCGUUUCACUGGAGAAGAAGUUCACGGCACAAGUGGCUCCUUUAGACACUUUCUGUGGCAGGUGUGUAAGGAGUUACAGAGCUCUGCACUCUCCCUGCUGCUCUCCUGUCCCAGUGCUGCAGCCAACCGUAACAAGGGGAAGUACAUCCUGACUCCCUGCCCCAUCAGCUAUGCAGAAGAACAGUUGUUGCACUUUUUUGGUCAGCUCCUUGGCAUAGCCAUCCGGGCAGAUGUCCCCCUUCCUUUGGAUCUGCUGGGAUCUUUUUGGAAAGGCCUCGUUGGAGAACCUCUUGACCAAGAGCAGGACCUGCAAGAAGCAGAUGUGCUCACCUACAACUAUGUUAAGAAGUUUGAAAAUGUGACUGAUGAGAGUGAGCUGGAGGCCCUGUGUGCUGAGAUCUCCUCCCAGCACCAUUCAGGAGAAAGCCCAGACUCCCCCAGCAGGCCCUGCUGCACUUUCACUUACUUCACUAUGACGGGUGAAGAAGUGGAGCUUUGUCAGGGAGGACAUGGCCUCAGUGUCAGCUGGGAGAACAAGGACGUGUAUGCGCGGGCGGUGAGGAGCCUCCGUCUGAGGGAGCUGGAGAAUGUGGAGUGUAUGACAGCAGUGCGUGCAGGACUAGGAUCCAUCAUUCCUCUGCAGCUGCUAACCAUGCUCAGCCCUCUGGAAAUUGAACUACGCACAUGUGGCUUGCCUUACAUUAACCUGGAGUUCCUCAAGGCUCACACCAUGUACCAAGUUGGUCUGAUGGAGACCGACCAGCACAUUGAGUUUUUCUGGACCGCCCUGGAAAUGUUCACUCAGGAAGAGCUCUGCAAAUUUAUCAAAUUUGCCUGCAACCAGGAGCGCAUCCCAUUUACCUGCCCGUGUAAAGAUGGCGGACCAGACACGGCCCACGUUCCCCCGUACCCCAUGAAAAUCGCCCCUCCAGAUGGAGCUGCAGGUCAGCCAGACUCGCGCUACAUUCGAGUGGAAACAUGCAUGUUCAUGGUGAAACUGCCACAGUACACUUCUUUGGAUGUAAUGCUGGAGAAGCUGCGCUAUGCCAUCCACUACCGCGAGGAUCCUCUGAGUGGCUAAGAAGACUUGAGAACCAGACAUUCCCAGGCAGUAGAACCCACCAUUAUCUUCUGCCCGCUCCCGGAUCUUCCUCUGAGACAGACUGCAAGUCAACACUCUGCUUCAGCAGCAAAGUCAGACACUUUUAUCUUAAAAGGAAGUCAACAUUUUGGUUUUCCUCCUGUUUUUUUUGUUGCCAUUUGCCGAAGUUCUGCAUUUUCUUUCAUUCAGGGAGGAUGUAUUUAAUCAGCAGCUUUGGCUGCAUAUACUUCUGAUUUUUGUUGCACUGAUUGAGGAGGGCAUUGAAGUGAAACAGCUGUGAAAGAGAUUUGUUCCCAUGUUCCUUUUACCUUUUUUUGAGCCAGCUUUUCAACUUUAACAAAAGUCCAUAUCAACCUUCAGAACAGCACUUUACCGUUUACAUGCUACAGCCCAGUGUUCAAAAACAGAGCUCUACAGAAGCUGGCAGUGCCCCUGCUAACCCUUAGUGUUAGC